CAGUUUUUUAAUCUCUUCCUUGAAUUUCUGAAAACAGAUGGGAGAGAGAGAGAGAGAGGUGUGUCUUUUCCCCCCUCACAGCUGACCAAACAAUCAAACGAAAAACUGCAACUCUAGAGAGAGAAACAAUCACAAAUAGUUUGAAAGCUCAGGAGAGAGAAUAAAGAAGAAAAAGCUCAAAACUGUUUAGAGAGAGAUAUAGUAAAGUGGGUCUGGGUUAGUUUUGUUAGAGAUAGAAAGAGAGAGGGGGAAAAUUGGGGUUUGAAUUUUUUAAUUUAUUUUUGAAUUUGAAAUAGUUAAACUUGUUAAUUGUGAUCUUAGAGUUUGUGGGCUUUUUUCUUUUUCUCCUUUCUUCUUAGUUGGAUGAGCUAAGCCUAAGAGUUUCGUACCACUUCGGUAUUAUCAAAUGGCAGCACCGGACAAUAUAAUUGUUGGUUCUCAUGUAUGGGUUGAAGAUCCUGUUCUGGCUUGGAUUGAUGGUGAAGUUACUCGGAUAAAUGGCAAUGCGGUCCAUGUUAAAACAGCAGAUGGAAAAAAGGUUGUCUCAAACAUAUCAAAAGUGUUUCCAAAGGACACAGAAGCCCCUCCUGGAGGGGUGGAUGACAUGACGAAGCUUUCAUAUCUGCAUGAACCUGGAGUUCUGCAAAAUCUAGCUGCUAGAUAUGAACUUAAUGAAAUCUAUACAUACACUGGCAAUAUCCUGAUAGCAGUUAAUCCAUUUCAAAGAUUGCCUCAUCUGUAUGACACUCACAUGAUGGAACAGUACAAAGGAGCAACAUUUGGGGAGCUAAGUCCUCAUGUUUUUGCUGUUGGUGAUGCUGCAUACAGGGCAAUGAUUAAUGAAGGAAAAAGCAAUUCAAUUCUGGUUAGUGGGGAGAGUGGUGCUGGUAAAACAGAGACAACAAAGAUGCUUAUGAGAUAUCUUGCCUACCUGGGAGGACGAUCUGGAGUAGAAGGAAGAACAGUUGAACAACAAGUUCUGGAGUCCAACCCAGUUCUUGAAGCAUUUGGCAAUGCGAAAACAGUUAGGAACAACAACUCAAGUCGUUUUGGUAAAUUUGUGGAAAUCCAAUUUGACAAGAGUGGGAGAAUAUCUGGGGCUGCUAUCAGAACUUAUCUACUUGAAAGAUCUCGUGUUUGUCAAAUUUCAGAUCCAGAAAGAAACUACCAUUGCUUUUACCUUCUUUGUGCUGCACCGCAUGAAGAUAUUGAGAGAUACAAAUUGGGAAGUCCAAAAUCUUUCCAUUAUUUAAAUCAAUCGAAUUGUUAUGAGUUGGACGGUGUAAAUGAUUCUCAUGAGUAUCUUGCAACCCGAAGGGCUAUGGAUAUAGUUGGAAUUAGUGACCAAGAACAGGAGGGAAUUUUUAGGGUUGUGGCUGCAAUUCUUCAUCUUGGAAAUGUUAAUUUUGCCAAGGGACAGGAGAUAGAUUCCUCAGUUAUUAAGGAUGAAAAGUCUAGAUUCCAUCUCAGUAUUACUUCUGAACUUCUCAGGUGUGAUGCAAAGAGCUUGGAAGAUGCCUUAAUUAAACGUGUAAUGGUUACACCAGAAGAAAUUAUCACAAGGACUCUUGACCCUGAAAAUGCAGUUUCUAGCAGGGAUGCUUUGGCGAAGACGAUAUAUUCUCGCUUGUUUGACUGGCUUGUGGAUAAAAUUAAUGUUUCAAUUGGACAGGAUUUAAACUCAAAAUCAAUAAUUGGAGUACUUGACAUCUAUGGUUUUGAAAGCUUUAAGUGCAAUAGUUUUGAGCAGUUCUGCAUCAAUUUCACAAAUGAAAAACUACAGCAACAUUUCAAUCAGCAUGUGUUUAAAAUGGAGCAGGAAGAGUACACCAAAGAGGAGAUAAACUGGAGCUACAUUGAGUUUGUUGAUAACCAGGAUGUAUUGGACCUAAUUGAGAAGAAACCUGGAGGAAUAAUUGCACUUUUAGAUGAAGCCUGCAUGUUUCCCAAGUCUACACAUGAAACAUUUGCGCAAAAAUUGUAUCAGACAUUCAAAAAUCAUAAACGUUUUAUUAAACCAAAACUUUCCCGCACUGAUUUCACCAUAUCACACUAUGCAGGGGAGGUAAAUUAUCAAGCCAAUCAAUUUCUGGACAAAAACAAAGAUUAUGUGGUGGCUGAACAUCAAGCCCUGUUGACUGCUUCAAAUUGCCCUUUUGUGGCGGGCCUAUUCCCACCACUUCCAGAAGAAUCAUCGAAGUCAUCCAAGUUCUCUUCCAUUGGUUCACGCUUUAAGCUACAACUUCAAUCUUUGAUGGAGACCUUGAGUGCAACUGAACCCCACUACAUUCGAUGUGUGAAGCCAAAUAACAUCCUGAAGCCUGCUAUUUUUGAGAAUUUCAACAUCAUCCAACAGUUACGAUGUGGUGGUGUUCUUGAGGCAAUUAGGAUUAGCUGCGCUGGAUAUCCAACCAGGCGAACCUUUUAUGAGUUUCUUAAUCGUUUUGGAUUACUUGCUCCUGAAGUUUUGGAAGGAAACUCUGAUGAUAAGGUUGCAUGUCAAAUGAUUCUUGAUAAAAAGGGACUGAUAGGAUACCAGAUAGGCAAGUCAAAGGUCUUCUUGAGAGCAGGUCAGAUGGCUGAGUUGGAUGCCAGGAGAGCAGAAGUGCUUGGCAAUGCAGCCAAAACCAUUCAACGGCAAAUUCACACUUACAUUGCCCGCAAGGAGUUCAUUUCAUUGCGUGAAGCUGCUAUCAAUUUGCAAUCUUAUUUAAGAGGUUAUGUAUCCCGAAAACUGUACGAGCAAUUGAGGAGAGAAGCUGCAGCUUUGAAGAUCGAGAAGAAUUUCCGUCUCUACAUUGCCAGGGAAUCCUAUUUGAGAGUGAAGUCAUCUGCAAUCACAUUACAGACAGGCUUAAGGGCAAUGACUGCACGAAAAGAAUUUAGAUUCCAGAAGCAAACUAAAGCGACCACCAUCAUUCAGGCUCAUUGGCGUUGCCACCAAGCUCAUUCUUAUUAUAGACAACUGCAGAAGGCAAUAAUAGUUUCUCAGUGUGGUUGGAGAUGCAGAGUUGCAAGAAGAGAGCUCAGAAUGCUCAAAAUGGCUGCUAGAGAGACGGGGGCACUUAAAGAAGCAAAGGAUAAGCUGGAAAAGCGUGUAGAAGAACUUACAUGGCGUUUGCAAUUGGAAAAGCGAUUAAGGAUUGACCUUGAGGAGGCAAAAGCCCAAGAAUUUGCCAAGUUGCAGGAUGCAUUGCAUGCCAUGCAAGUACAGUUAGAAGAAGCAAAGUCUAUGGUUGUUAAAGAACGAGAGGCAGCUCGAAAAGCCAUUGAAGAAGCACCUCCAGUCAUUAAGGAAACGCCUGUCAUGGUUCAAGACACAGAAAAAAUCAAUUCAUUGUCAGCUGAAGUUGAAACGUUGAGGGCACAGUUGCUCUCAGAAACACAAAUUGCUGACAAUGAAAAACAAGCUUAUGUUGUUGCUCAGGCCACAAAUGAGCAACUAACCAAGAAGCUUGAAGAUGCUGAAAAGAAAGUGGAUCAACUCCAAGAUUCAGUUCAGAGAUUAGAAGACAAGGUGUCUAAUUUAGAAUCAGAGAAUCAAGUACUUCGUCAACAAGCACUUGCUGUAUCACCAACUGCCAAAGCUUUAACUGCAAGACCUAAGACAACAAUCAUCCAGAGGACCCCAGAGAAUGGAAAUGUUCAAGAUGGAGAUGUGAAGAAAGCAGUGGAUUCAAUACUUGCCCUACCUAAUUCUCGGGAAGCUGAAAAUGACGAUAGGCCCCAGAAAUCUCUUAAUGAGAAACAACAGGAGAACCAAGACCUGCUAAUUAAAUGCGUGUCACAAGAUUUAGGAUUCAGUGGGGGCAAACCUGUUGCUGCUUGUAUGAUAUACAGAUGCCUUAUUCAGUGGAGGUCAUUUGAAGUUGAAAGAACAAGUAUUUUUGACAGUAUCAUUCAAACAAUAAGUUCAGCAAUUGAGGUCCAAGAGAACAACGAUGCAUUGUCAUACUGGUUAUCAAAUUCUUCCACACUAUUAUUGCUACUACAACGCACCCUAAAAGCAAGUGGAGCAGCAAGCUUAACUCCACAACGGCGAAGAUCAACAUCAGCUUCAUUGUUUGGAAGGAUGUCCCAAGGGCUUCGUGGUUCACCACAAAAUGCUGGGUUCUCAUUCCUUAAUGGUCGGGUGCUUAGUGGACUGGAUGAAUUGCGACAAGUUGAAGCUAAAUAUCCUGCUUUGCUUUUCAAACAGCAAUUAACAGCUUUCCUUGAAAAGAUAUAUGGGAUGAUUAGAGAUAACUUAAAGAAAGAGAUUUCCCCUGUGCUUGGAUUGUGUAUCCAGGCUCCCCGGACGUCACGAGCGAGUUUAGUCAAGGGGCGCUCUCAAGCCAAUGCUGUAGCUCAACAAGCUCUGAUUGCUCACUGGCAAAGCAUUGUAAAAAGUCUAAAUAAUUGCCUAAAGACUAUGAGAGCCAACUAUGUUCCCCCAUUCUUAGUCAAGAAAGUGUUUACUCAGAUAUUUUCAUUUAUCAAUGUUCAAUUAUUUAACAGCCUUCUUUUGCGGCGUGAAUGCUGCUCAUUCAGCAAUGGGGAAUAUGUAAAAGCAGGGUUAGCUGAGUUGGAACAGUGGUGCCACGAUGCAACAGAGGAGUUUGCAGGCUCAGCAUGGGAUGAAUUGAAGCACAUUAGACAAGCCAUUGGCUUUCUGGUUAUACACCAGAAGCCCAAAAAGACUCUCAAAGAAAUAACUAAUGAUCUUUGCCCGGUGCUUAGCAUACAGCAGUUAUACAGGAUCAGCACUAUGUACUGGGAUGACAAAUAUGGCACGCAUAGUGUAUCUUCAGAUGUAAUUUCAAGCAUGAGAGUUAUGAUGACGGAGGACUCAAACAAUGCUGUGAGCAGUUCUUUCUUAUUGGACGAUGACUCAAGCAUUCCAUUCACAGUGGAUGACAUUUCGAAGUCAAUGCAAAAAGUUGAACCUUCUGAUAUUGACCCUCCACCUCUAAUCCGUGAAAACUCAGGUUUUUCAUUCUUGUUACAACGUGCAGAAUGAGAUUCCAUGCUUAUAUUUUCUUGCCAGCUCAGCUUCGAUGUCCUGGCACUUCUCCCAAGGGCCGCGCUCCAGAAUCUGUGAAUAGUAAUCUUUUCCCCAGCUGCACUGUAAAUUAUAGUUCCUUUUCUGGCAGUGUCUUGCCAUUUCUUAUGUUUAUUGGUGAUUGUGUGGUCAGAUGCAUCAGGGGUCAAGUUACUUGUUAUCCCUAUUGGGAUUUAUAAUGUGUUCUUGUCCCUUUGUUCUGUGCCCUAUUUCAAGCACUGUAUUUAUUUCAUUUUUAUUAGAAAAAAGGGGGUACCUUAUUAUUCUUUAGGCCAGUGUGGUAAAUUUGUUGAUCAUAGUGGUGGGCAUGCUUUUUUCUUUGGGCCCAAACUAGUUGUAGUUUGACUGUAAUAUAAUGGAUCAUAUUCUAUUCAACUAUUGUAAAGAUUAUCGGCAUAUGGUCUAGUUCCAU